AUGUUUAAACUAGGUGUAUCGUCAAGACGAAUACUACUGACUCCAUACAUUAGUGGUAAGAAUGGUGGUAAUGUGAUUAGACGCGCCAUUAGAUCCGUCAAGACUUCAACCGUUGAUUGGAAACCAAUUAGAUCGGGGAAGGGAGAUUUAACUACAUUAGAACAUCAAGCUAAAACAUCAACGUUAAGAAAGAUCGUAUUGGGAUUAAUGCUUGCUAUGCCCGUGAUAAGUUUUGGAUUAGGUUGUUGGCAAGUUCAAAGGUUGGAUUGGAAGACUAAAUUGAUUUCAAGAGGUGAAAAUGCUUUAGCUCAACCUCCCAUUGAAGAAAUUCCUGCUGAACUUGAUCCUAGUGUGAUUGAUCAAUUUGAAUAUAGAAGAUUCAAAUGUAAGGGUCAUUUCGAUUAUAGUCAAGAAAUCUUCUUAGGUCCUAGAUUAAGAGAUGGUGAAUUAGGUUAUCUUGUCAUAACUCCAUUUGUAAGAAGUUCAGGUGGUAAACCAAUUUUAAUUGAAAGAGGAUGGAUUCAUAAGGAUAAAGUGGUACCUGAAACCAGAAAGAAAGGUUAUUUAUCACAUUUAGCUUUCCCACAAGGUGAAAUUGAAAUUACUGCUUUAUUUAGAUCCAUGCCUAAGAAAUCAGGAUUACAAUUUGAUCAUAAAGAAGGGGAAAGAUUAUUCCAUGUUCAUGAUGUGCCUGUAAUGGCUGAACAAACUGGAUCCUUACCAAUCUAUUGUCAAAUGAUAUAUGAUUUAACUGAUCAUAUUGAUUGGAAACAUAAUAAUGAAGAAAUAGAAUUGAAAUCAAACAAAUCUUCAAUAUUGGGAUUUCUUUAUAAUACCAAUAGAAAACAUACUGCUGAAGAAGAUGAAGCUGAUUUAAUUCUUGACAAACAUGAUGAUUCUACUUUAGUAUAUCAAGAAUUAGAAUUCAUAGCUCAAGGUGUACCAAUUGCGCCAUUACCAAAACUUAAAUUCAGUAAUAAUCAUUUACAAUAUCUUAUUACUUGGUUCGGACUUUCAGUCGCCAGUACAGUUUGUUUAGUUUAUGCCUUCUGGAAAAAGAAACAAUACUCAUCAGCUGAAAGAGUGAUCGAAGCAAAGAGACAACAAAUGAAGAAGAACUUUAGAUAA